AAUCUCUCAUAAUGCUUGAUUCGAUCAUUGUCAAUGUCAUUUGGUCGCAUCUCCUCCGCCUCUUUAAAAACACUUCAGCUUCACUUCAGCGGGAGUCAGAAGAAGCGCAACCGCACUAAAGAACUCCAACAAGACUUUCCGCACAAAAGCUUCAGGAUUUCCCACACUAGAACUGGAAUCACACAGCUCCUCACGAGUUAUGGGAUGUGCUACUAAUACCAUUUGACAAGGGAACAGUGCGCGUAAAGCAUGGCUUGCUUAUUAUGCACGUGUUUUCUGCUGUCUUGUGCUGGACAGGUGUUAGCAAAUCCACCGGCUGAGACGAGAAUCUAUUUGGAUAACAUUACGCGCAUUUUGGAUAGAUUAUUAAAUGGAUAUGACAACAGACUGCGACCUGGAUUUGGAGGUCCUGUCACAGAGGUUAAAACUGACAUCUUUGUCACCAGCUUUGGUCCUGUCUCUGAUGUUGAAAUGGAAUACACAAUGGAUGUGUUUUUUCGGCAAACCUGGAUAGACGACAGGCUGAAAUUUGAGGGCCCGAUUGAGAUCCUACGUCUCAACAACCUAAUGGUCAGCAAGAUCUGGACACCGGACACGUUUUUCCGAAAUGGCAAACGCUCUAUUUCACACAACAUGACCACUCCCAACAAGCUGUUUCGCAUCAUGCAGAACGGAACUGUCCUGUACACUAUGAGGUUAACCAUCAAUGCAGAAUGUCCCAUGCAACUGAUAAACUUUCCAAUGGAUGGCCAUACGUGCCCUUUGAAAUUUGGCAGCUAUGCAUACCCUAUGACUGAGAUUGUAUAUACAUGGAAGAAAGGGCCGUUGUUUUCUGUGGAAGUACCUCAAGAAAGCUCCAGUCUGCUACAGUAUGAUCUCAUUGGUCAGACAGUGUCAAGCGAGAAGCUAAAGUCAAAUACAGGUGAAUACAUUGUUAUGACUGUCUACUUCCACCUGCAGAGGAAGAUGGGUUUCUUCUUGAUCCAAACAUACAUCCCAUGCUUUAUGACAGUGAUUCUGUCACAAGUCUCCUUCUGGAUUAACAAAGAGUCAGUACCUGCCAGAACUGUAUUUGGUAUCACCACAGUGCUAACCAUGACCACGCUGAGCAUCAGCGCUCGACACUCUCUUCCCAAAGUAUCCUACGCCACAGCCAUGGACUGGUUUAUCGCCGUCUGCUUUGCCUUUGUAUUCUCUGCCCUUAUCGAGUUUGCCGCUGUCAACUAUUUUUCAACCUUGCAGGCCAAUAAGGAACUUCGGUGGGAAAACACAGCCCAUGCUGCGGCUACAGCAGCGGCCAGUGGUGAUAGAGAAGUCAUUUUGCAUCCUAUGGACCCCGGAGGUGUGUUGAAGAAAAGACUGAACUCCUUAUCUCAAAGAGAUGUUACUGAGAGGUUUUCCAGGUCACCCCAGCCUGAUUUCCGUCAGCAAGGAUCUGCUGUCCCUGCCAACAACAUUCUGACAGGAACUAGCAUAAUUGACAAAUACUCACGGAUCCUCUUUCCUCUGUCUUUUGGGGCCUUUAACCUGGUCUACUGGAUUGUCUAUCUCACCAAAGACACUAUGGAGUCCAGGGAAGUGUGAGCCGCGCUAGAACCUGCAGAGAAACUCCAAAGACAAUAUGAACUGUUGCUUGGACGGAUGUAGCAGUGGACUUCAAGAUGGAUAGAUGCAAUGUUUUUGUGAUUGUGUACCCGUUUUCUUAACCCUCCC